AUGAUUCAUCCAACACCCGUAGCAAAGCGAGCCUUCUUCAUCCACCUACCCGUGAACGUUGGAGUAUACAGCGAGCGAGAAAGUAUGCUGCAGCCGAUAGCAGGGCAAAUCGUGGUUUGCGCCGAGUUAAGGAGUGCAGGUCGCUUCAUCACUUUACACGCGCAUCUUGACACUUCACUGGGAAAUCCGCAGAAGCGCUCCACUUCACUAAGGCAAAUGGCCGACGGAAAGAAUAAGCGAUGCGACGAAGAGGCAGAGAACACAAAGUCAAUGAAUCGGUGCCUAAUGGAUUGUCAAGGUAAAAAUCCGAGUACAAGCAGAGACCAUUGUGAAGCUAGUCCAAAAGAAGGCGAAUGCUCAACAAAUCCACCCAUGGGCCAACCAGCGAACCCAUCAAAUCAAAUAAAUCCUUUUGAAUCAAUGCCUGGGUGCCCUACAUCACAGACCGCCUAUCCAAUUAAUGGGAAAAACCUAUCUAAAAAUAACAGACCCUUUCAAGACAGUUUGAUGUUCAUCGCUGACAUAAUCCGGUCAGUAACAAAUCCUUCAGGUCGAGCAUUUUGUUCACAUAUCAAACAGCCACAGAAUUAUGGCUUAGGAUUUUAUCUAAGACGGGCAAAUCAACCGGAAAUCGAGAAUUCCGAAAUGGUACCACCAAAUGAAAGGGCUCAAGCUGAAAUAGUAAGCAGAUGGAAAGCGGCUUGCGACCACCGACGUGUUCUUUGUGACGAGUACAGUGCCUCAUCGGGUUUCUCAAGAUGGCGUCUAGAGCAUGACAUGGAAAAGGAUACUGAGCUUAUGAGGGCAUACGUGUGCACUCUCCCUCCUAAUAGUGCUAUCACAGCAUCUCUACGUGCUACCAUCUUCGACUGGAUGACUUCGUUGCAAGAGCUUAUGCUAAUCCAAUCACAAAGUUUGCACAUGGCUGCUUGGUUCGUGGACCACAGCGAGUGGUGCGAAGAACCGAAAUUGGGAGCUUACGUUCUGAGGGCGUUGGCAGCUUUCAUGAUUGGCGACAUAGCCAUUGCGUCUAGGGCUGAAGACGAAUGGAAUAACAUGCGUCACGAUCUAAUUGUUUUCUCUGAACACAACUAUAGCCUGGAACAAGUUACAAGAGAGGAAAAGGCUAUAACUGACAAGCUCUCGCGGGACCUGCCUUAUCCCACUCCACAUAGCUUUCUGCUACCCCUUAUGAUGAUCUCAGAUGAUAGGAAUCUACCCCCUGAAUUCACUUGGGGCAUACCCCUAUGUAUCUAUUGCUUGGACCUGGGUCUCCUAAGUGACCAACUUGCACAGUACUCCGCCAAAUUUAAAUGUGCUGCAGUAGUAUUACUCUUUCGAAGAAUUGAAAGAAGCUUUUGCCAGUGUUCGACUGAAGAGCUCAGCAAUCCCUCUAACCCGUGUAAGUAUCAUCGACUCUCUGAAAUGACGGAGCUUUUGUGUGAGAUCCAAGCGCAAGAGCCCAAUGCUAAUCUCCGCUCCGUCUCUGACAUAUAUGCUAAACUUUUGAGGGAAGCUCAAGACUUCGUUAUGCGUGGAGUGCAGGCGGAAGUUGAGUGUGCUCCAUCACGGUGUGAGGUGAGUAAAUCCAAAUCCUAUCAAUGCCUUUGA